GUUGAGAGAUGAUGAGGAGCGGUGCUGCUUCUUUCACUGUACAUCACUGACAACAUAUCCGGGGCCGGUGGGCGGUGCGAAGCCUUGAAGAUGCAGGCAGCCUGCGGAUGCUGACCAAAGGAUGUCAGGCGAGGAACUUCCGCAGGGAGUUGGCUUUGUUUACAGGGCGGCCAGCAGGCUGAACACGGAUCACAGGCCUUAAGUGAACACAGCAGUGCUGCUUCUAGCAGUGCGCAUCCAGAUCGAUCACAUUGUUUGUGCCGGUAGAUGCUUUUCUCCCUGACGCUCUUCUUGUGGAGGCUCUACCGACAUUUCUACAUCAUGUUCAGCUCUGACCGGCUCACAGUCCCGGAUUACGUCAGCCGGCUGCAGAGAGGGAGGAGCGGCUCCGCAUGCGACCCUAGGGCCAUCUCUCCGGGGAUCAAUGCCGACGUCCAGGCGGUUUUGGACACGUCACUUCCCGCCCUGCGCUCCGCCAUCAGUAGGCUGAAGUCAUCCAGGGAGACCUCGAAUUCAGAUGAGACCCGCAGGGCUAUCGCGGAGAUCUUCCAGCUGGUGGAGGAGGCCUGGGUUUUACCUACCGUGGGUCGUCAAGUGGCAGAGGAGAUCUGCAACAGGAUCCGGCUGCAUGGAGGCCUGGAGCUGCUGCUUCAGCUCCAGCAGUCGCCUGCUGUGGAGAUCACUUACGAGUCUGCAAAACUGCUGGAGCAGAUACUGAUCUCAGAGAACAGGGAUUAUGUGGCUCGCAUAGGUCUGGGGGUCAUCCUCAACCUGACUCGUCAGCAGGAAGAUGCUCAGCUGGCUCGGAGUGUCUCGGGCAUCCUUGAGCACAUGUUCAAACACACAGAGGAGACGUCUAUCCACCUCAUCACCAACGGCGCCCUGGACACCCUCCUCUUUUGGUGCCGAGGUACGGACCCCACUGUUCUGCGCCACUGUGCCGUGGCACUGGCUAACUGUGCGAUGUAUGGAGGCCACUGCUGCCAGCGCUGGAUGAUUGAGAAACGGGCAGCUGAGUGGCUCUUCCCACUCGCCUUUUCCAAAGAGGAUGAACUCAUUCGUUUCUAUGCCUGCUUGGCUGUAACUGUGUUAGCUGCAAACAGAGAAAUUGAGAAAGAGGUGGUGAAAUCAGGGACCUUGGAGCUAGUGGAGCCGUUCAUCGCAUCUCUGGAUCCAGAGGACUUUGCCCGCAGUUUACUGGACAGUGCAGACAGCAUGCAGGGAAGGACCGCAUCUGACCUGCAGCAACUUUUGCCAUUACUGGAUGGCACGAGAGUGGAGGGAAAGUGCAUUGCAGCCUUUUACCUGUGUGUUGAGGCCAGCAUCAAGUCCCGUCAGCGCAACACAAAGAUAUUUCAAGAGAUUGGUGCUGUGCAGAGCCUCAAAAGAAUCGUCAUGUACUCCAGCAAUGCCACAGUCUGUGCCCUCGCUAAGCGGGCGCUGUGCAUGAUGGGAGAGGAAGUACCGAAACGAAUCCUGUCAAGCGUGCCCAACUGGAAAACCUGUGAGGUGCAGACGUGGCUGCAGCAGAUCGGCUUCAGCGCUUACUGUGACCGUUUUCAGCAACUCCAGGUGGAUGGAGACCUCCUUCUGAACAUCACAGAUGAAGAUCUGAGCUCUGAUUUGAGCAUGACUAUCAACCUUACCCGCAAGAGGUUUUUGAGAGACUUGCGUGUGCUGAAGACUUACGCCAAUUACUCCACAUGUGACCCCAACAACAUGGCCGACUGGUUAAGCGAGGUGGACCCCCGUUUUCGUCAGUACACCUACGGCCUAGUCCAGUCAGGCGUGGACCGUCACAACAUCCAGAGCCUGACCGAUAAGCAGCUCCAGCACGACUGCCACAUUGAAAAUGGCGUCCACAGAGCAAAGAUACUGUCUGCCAGCCGCGGGCCCUUAAAACUGAGCCACACAGAUGCACAGCCUUCAGGGCCUGACGUCUUCAUCAGCUACAGACGAACCACGGGCUCCCAGCUGGCCAGCCUAUUGAAGGUGCACCUGCAGGUUCGAGGAUACAGCGUCUUCAUAGAUGUGGAGAAGCUGGAGGCCGGUAAAUUUGAGGACAAACUGAUUCAGAGUGUGCAGAGAGCACGUAACUUCAUCCUGGUCCUGUCUGCCAGUGCACUCGACAAGUGUAUGGGAGACACAGCCACGAAGGACUGGGUGCAUAAGGAGAUAGUCACGGCCCUGGCUGGUAAGAAGAACAUAGUUCCUGUCACAGAUAACUUUGCAUGGCCUGACCCCAUGUCCCUGCCAGAAGACAUGAGAGCUAUUCUCAACUUCAACGGCAUCAAGUGGUCCCACGAAUAUCAGGAGGCUACGAUCGAGAAGAUCCUGCGCUUUCUGAAAGGACCCCAAGACCAAGUCGACCGCUCAGACGGCUCCAAAGAGCAGAAGAAAUAAACUGAGAUAAACACAGUCCGAUUUCAGCUAUAAUAACUAUCCAUGAUGCCAAAUUUCCACAUAACCUACAGUGAAUAGUCUGGCAGCUUUCCCUGCUCUGACCUAAUGCAUGUGAAAUGAAUCCGGAUGUUUAGAUUACUUGCUGACCGGAAUACCUAAUAUGCACACACUUAAUUAUUAACAAUAAAUAGAACUGAUAAGGGGAUUGUAUAUAAAAACUCUAAGCCUUUAAUGUUAGUCAGUGCUGUAUAUGUGUAAUCAGGUACAGUAAGCGCCUUCUGUAUCUCAGGAAAAUAACUGUGAUAGACCAGCUGACAUGGACACCCAGCAACAUUAUCACUGCUAACACAUCAGUGUUCAUCAAAGCUCCUCUAUAUGCAGUCGUCUUUUUUUAACCUGUGUACAUCAAAUGGACCAAAGCAGGUCUCUGAUUUUACCAACAUUUCUCCCGUUUUCAUGUUUGUGUUGUGAUAGAAGAAAUCUUCCUCGGCAGACUUGCUGAUUUGUUUAGGAUGAGUGACUACCGUGAGUUUAACCUAAGCCCCAAAUUUAACCAUAAACGAGUGAAAUAUGUGCAGAGGGAAUAACUCCAUGUAGCGUUAAACAUACUGUUCUGUAAUAAAAGUGGGUAAAAAGGA